AUGGCUGCUGCCACACAAUCACGCGACCCUGCUUCGCAGGACCUGUUCAUCAAGUUUUGCAAGUCUGAGAGCGGACCUGGAGGAAAAGAGAAGCAAGCUAGGGCGCAGCUGAAGGGGGGCCAUCCAAAGCUGUCCUCGACAUCUUAUCCGUCCAACAGUCUCAAGUUCCUCCAGGCGUUGGGCCCCGAUGAGAAUGGGGCAUUUCCGAGCAGCACUUCGGAAGCAAACAUUGCCCUUGAUAUCCUGAUUGUUGGGGGUGGUCUGGGCGGGCUCGCAACCGCCGUUGCGCUGUCAAAGAGCGGACACAAAGUCACCGUCCUGGAACAGGCCACCCAGUUGUCUGAGGUCGGGGCCGGUAUUCAAAUCCCCCCCAACUCCAGCAAGCUGCUUCAACGAUGGGGUGUCAUGGACAUCAUGUCAGAGCAGGCCGUGCGGCCGGACGGCAUCUCCUUUCGUCGCUGGGAAAACGGCGAGCGAAUCGGGUUCACCGAUCUCUCAGAGACAUUUGUCGAGCUCUGCGGCGCCCCUUACUACGUCGCCCAUCGUGCCCAUCUUCACUCGGCUCUUUAUGAGCGCGCAUUGGAACUGGGAGUUACCGUCCGUCUCAACAGUCGAGUGUCCAGUUACGAUCCCCAAGCACCCAGUGCUACUCUCUUCAAUGGUCAAACUUUCAAAGCGGACCUUGUCGUCGCUGCUGAUGGGGUUAAAUCCAUAGCAAGAAACCUACUUCCUUCAAAGCAAGUGGCCAGCCCCAACUACACGGGGUUCGCCGUAUAUCGAGCUACUGUAGAUGUUAGCAAGAUGAGAAAGAUUCCAGAGAUAGCUUGGAUCCUCGAAAAGCCAGCUCUUCAUGUCUGGAUCGGUGAAGACCGCCACGUCAUGACUUAUACCAUUGCCGCUGGUCAAUCGUUCAACAUGGUACUUUCUCACAGAGACCAAAGAGACCCUUCAACCUGGCAGCAAAAAACUCAAACCGAGAUACUUGCCGAGAUGAGAGCCGAGUUUCAGGACUGGGAUCCCCAACUCACCAAGAUUAUCGAGCUUAUCGACACCACCGUCAAGUGGCCUCUGAUGGCGGGCGUUCCUUUGGAAAACUGGGUGGCAGAUUCCGAUCGUCUCGUGAUCCUCGGCGAUGCGGCUCAUGCCAUGUUGCCUUACAUGUCACAGGGUGCAGCCAUGGCGGUCGAAGAUGGCGCUGCGCUCGCGGUGGCUAUCAACAACAUCUCAAGUCGUGAGCAGCUCGGCCUUGCCCUUGGGUUGUUCCAGGACGAGCGCAAGAUACGCACUUCCAUGAUGCAGGAGGCGAGCUUGGUUAACGCCUUGCUGUGGCACUUCAAGGAUGGACCUGAGCAGCGAGCCAGAGAUGCGGCGAUGCGACCCGAGGUAGAGGGUCGCAUGUUCUCCAGCAGUCCUAAUCAGUGGUCCGAUCCGCUGACGCAGUCAUGGGCUUACGGUUACGACGCGGAGUACACGAUGUUGGAGCAAUGGCGACGUGAGAUGGGUGACCUGCGGGAUUGA